UUGGCCGCGGCGCGCGUGACGACGCAGGAAGAGGCCCUCGCGACGCCCUCGAGGUUGGCGGGAGAUUUCAGCAUGGCGGCCGACUUCACCCUCAAUUCCUCUUCUUCCACCUCUUCUCCGUCCUCCUCCGUCUCGUCUGCUGCUUCCUCGCGCGAGGGCUGCUGGCCGGAGGGGACGGUAGCGGAGACGGGCUUCGUGCGCGCCGUGCUCAGCCUCCCGGAGAAACCCAGCACCACCAUCCGCUUCUUCGAGCGGGGAGACUACUACACCGUCCACGGCGCCGAUGCCUUCUUGGCGGCCGCAGAGGUCUUCAAGACCAGGGGCGUCAUCCGGGCGCUGGGGAAAGGACCCCGGAAACUUGACAGUGUUGCCCUGAGCAAGAGUAAUUUCGAAUCAUUUUUGAGAGAUCUGCUCCUGGUGCGUCAAUACAGGGCUGAGGUGUACAAGAACAAAGCAGGAAACAAAUCCACCAAGGAGAGUGAAUGGUACCUGGCUUACAAGGGUUCUCCAGGAAACAUCGCCCAAUUUGAGGAUGUUCUGUUUGGUAACCAUGACAUAUCCUCAUCUGUUGGUGUUAUGGGCGUUAAGCUGUCAUCAACUGAUGGACAAAAAGUUGUUGGAAUUGGGUUUGUAGAAACUUUAAUGAGGAAGCUGGAAGUAUGUGAGUUUGUAGACAACGAACAAUUUUCAAACCUUGAAGCUCUGCUAGUUCAGAUGGGACCAAAGGAGUGUUUGCUACCUAUGGGAGAAAAUGGUGCAGAUAUGGAGAAACUGAGACAGGUCAUUCAAAGGGGAGGAAUUCUGAUUACAAACAAGAAAAAAAGUGAUUUUUUACCAAAAGACAUCACUCAAGAUCUCAACCGUUUACUGAGAUCAAAAAAGAAAGAGCAUGUGCGUAGUGCAGCAUUACCUGAGAUGGACAAACAGGUUGCCAUCUCUUCCUUGUCAGCAGCAAUUAAGUAUUUAGAGCUCUUAAAUGAUGACGCUAAUUUUGGGCAGUUUGAACUCUCCACCUUUGACCUCAACCAGUACAUGACACUGGAUCAUGCUGCUUCCAGAGCCCUUAACCUUUUCCCGGGUUCAUCAGGACACACCCAAAGUACACAAUCUCUAUCUGGAUUGUUAAAUAAGUGCAAAACACCUCAAGGGCAGAGACUGGUGAAUCAGUGGAUCAAACAGCCCCUGAUGGACAAGAACAAAAUAGAGGAAAGGCUAAAUUUGGUUGAAGCCUUUGUAGAAGAUGCAGAGCUAAGGCAGUCCCUUCAAGAAGACAUCCUCCGUCGCUUUCCAGACUUCAGUCGAAUUGCAAAAAAAUUUCAGAAGAAGGCCACUUUGCAGGAUUGUUACAAAAUAUACCAGUCUGUUAAUCAGAUACCUAAUGUGAUUCAUGUCCUGGGCAAAACUGAUGGAAAUCAUGAUAUGCUGUUGGAAGCUGUGUUUAUAAAGCCUCUUAAGGAGCUACACUCAGAUUUCUCUAAUUUCCAAAUGAUGAUUGAAGAAACUUUGGACAUGAAUACGGUUGAGAAUCAUGAAUACCUUGUGAAGCCUUCUAUUGAUCCAAAUCUUGCUGGCAUAAGAAAAGUUAUGGACAAACUAGAAGAAAAAAUGCGAGGUGUGCUGAAGAUUGCAGCUUCAGAGCUAAGUCUGGAAGCUGGGAAGAGCAUCAAAUUGGAAUGCAAUGCUCAGUAUGGACAUCAUUUCCGAAUUACCUACAGAGAGGAGAAAGUUCUGCGAAACAAUCUGAAAUAUAAGGUUUUGGAAACACAGAAGAACGGAGUGAAGUUUGCCAACAUUGCAUUGAAAGACCUGAAUGAGGAAUACAUUAAGAACAGAAAGGAGUAUGAAGAAAUGCAGGAUGUUGUCGUUAAAGAAAUCAUCAAUGUUGCAUCAGGUUACAAAGAGCCCAUACAACGCCUGAACGAUGUCAUAGCCCAGCUGGACGCUGUGGUCAGCUUUGCUCAAGCCUCCAAUGCGGCACCAACGCCAUACGUGCGCCCCACCAUUCUGGAAAAGGGGAAAGGGAGCAUUGUGCUGAAAGCUGCGAGACACCCCUGCAUUGAGGUCCAAGAUGACGUUGCCUUCAUACCCAAUGAUGUGACCUUUGAGAAGGGCAAGCAGAUGUUCCAUAUCAUUACAGGUCCAAACAUGGGAGGGAAGUCAACCUACAUCCGACAAGCUGGUGUUAUUGUUCUUAUGGCCCAAAUUGGAUGUUUUGUGCCAUGCGAUUCUGCAGAUAUAACAAUUGUCGAUUGCAUUCUUGCUCGGGUAGGAGCCGGAGAUAGUCAGCUGAAAGGAGUUUCUACCUUUAUGGCAGAAAUGUUGGAGACAUCUUCCAUCCUUCGAACUGCAACAGAAAAUUCCCUGAUUAUCAUCGAUGAGUUGGGGAGAGGAACAUCUACAUAUGAUGGGUUCGGAUUGGCUUGGGCAAUCUCAGAAUAUAUUGCCACCAAAAUUGGAGCCUUUUGCAUGUUUGCCACUCAUUUCCAUGAACUGACGGCACUUGCUGAAGAAAUUCCGACUGUGAAUAACUUACAUGUCACAGCACUAACCACAGACGACACCCUCACAAUGUUGUACCGUGUGAAAAAAGGGGUUUGCGAUCAGAGCUUUGGCAUCCAUGUAGCAGAGCUAACUGCUUUUCCCAAGCAUGUAAUAGAGAACGCCAAGGCAAAGGCUCUGGAGUUAGAGGAAUUCCAGUGUAUUGGAAAACCUGAGGAAAAAGAGGUAGAUGGUGAUGAGGAGCCAGCAGCCAAGAAAUUCUGCAGAGAGAAAGAGGAAGGUGAAAAAAUAAUCCAGGAUUUCCUUACUAAAGUGAAAGCGAUGUCCCUGGAAGACAUGUCUGAAGCAGACAUCCAGACCAAACUGAAAGAACUAAAAGAUGAGGUUCUAGCAAGGAACAACAGCUUUGUAAACGAGAUCCUUUCCCGAACAAAAGUUGUGUCAUAAUGUGAAAGAAUUAAACAAGAUGCUUCUUGAACUUGGGCUUUUCGGGGUCAGAGAUACGUGUCACACUCAAAGAAGGGCUGUUGCCAAAAGCGGGCGUAUGUGUCAUCCGCCUUUUCCCCUCUGUAACAUAAGGCAAGACACAUGAUGCGCCAAUGUGAUGUUGCAGAUUUCUCCACCCACACGAGUGGCAGAUAACAAAACAGACUCGAGCUCUGACGAAAACGUGAAACAACAUUGCAUCAUGUGUUUUGCCUUUUUAGGGUGAAUUGUUGUAGGGCUAUUAGUUUUGGUGCUGGCCAUGCGCUGUCUGUAGGUCUGGUUGCUACAGAAGCAGCAGCUGUUCUCCUAUUUUGCCUUGUAAUAUUUUGCAUCAGUCAUGGAGAUGACUCUUAUUUCCAUUUGACUUUCGACUUGUAGGUGUUUGUUUCAUCUGCUGAAAUGUUUUCUGCUUUGCCUUUGGAAUGAAUCAUAUUCUCCCUUUUGUUUUAAAAGACAUGUUAAUCUCUUAGAAACGAAAGAAAUCAUGGAGUUUUCCCACCUUUAGCUGGAACCUCUUGGUCCGUGGCAGCAUAUUCUGUGCUGUGAUGGCUGUGUUUGACUUGACUGUUUAUGAAUAAUGUUAUUUUAUGACUUCCGUAGACAUUCUGAAUAUGGUCUGCAACAGAGAUAGGAAAUGUUUGGUUCUCCUCUCAUUCUCUAUCAUUUGCUAUGCUGGCCUGGACCGAUGCAAGUUCCAGUCUAAUAAUCAGAAUUGCAGAAUGGUUCUUCUGACUUUUUGUCUGUAUUACACACACAAUCUUUAAACAAACGACUUGAUGGAAAAAAUAAAAUAACAUUAUAAUCACUAUUUCAGGAAAAACUGAAAUUAUAUCUCAGUAUCUCUUUACAACGGUAUUCCAAAGCAUCUUCAUGAAAUCUGACAUAUAUCACUUUUAUUGUGUUAGCCAGCUCCUUCCAAGAAAAAUUUAAAAAAAGCAAAUGAUAGUUUUCUGAGGGCAACUUGAUUUGUCUCUUAGUAUUUUGAGACUGAUACCUUUGAUUGUGUUGUUAACACAUAACAGAAAAGUUAUAAUUUUCAUAUGAAGCAAACUGAAGGGAAUAGCUUGCUGAACUUUGGUUAUUGUGGAAACUCUAUGUGGAAUUGGGUAUUUGAAUAUUUCUUGCCAAAACCAUGGCUUAACUGGAUGUUUUAUGAUCUGCUUUUUGAGAAUCAUACUUCCAGCACUUCAUUUGAAAUAGAUAUCCAUGUAGUCUUCCAUCAUGGGGUAAUAUUGCUGAGUAGUUCUACAUUGAUGUUUGAUUAUGUUUUCAUUAAAACUUGUAAAAUAUUUCAUUAAAACUAAA